AUGGUGCGCGGAGCUGAGUGGAGGCAGGGUGUUCAUGAAAAGUGUGGGCAGAGUGCCGUUUCAGGCCCUCGACAAUGGUGGCCACCACAUGGAAUUAUGAAGAUCAAAUGUCCUCAUAAGAAAAUGAACUUGUGUUGGUUCAGUCAAAGACCUGAUCCACGCCCUGACUUAAAACAACCCAUCUCUGGCAACAAUUUCGUAACCUAUGACAAUCCCUGCUUCUUGUGUCUUGAGAGCUUGAAAUCUCAUGGAAGAAUGUUUCACCAUGAUGGAGGGUGCUGA